AUGAGACCCGCAAAGCGGACGGGUGGGUUGGAGUUUGAGGAGUGUGAGAGUAUGACCGGAGGGAACGGCGACCGGUGCAGUGCCCGGUCUCUCUCAUCUCCAACACGUAAGAGCCGCUCUAUGCCCCGCGCUGCGUCGGACAGUGAUGAGGACUACAACCCCAAAGAGAGAGUCCCCACUCUACGUCCCGGCCAGUACGACGGCAGUACACCCUGGAGAGAGUUUCUGCACAGGUUCGAGAGCUGCGCAGAGGCAAAUCACUGGUCAGCCAAGACAAUGGCAAUUCAGCUGAAAUUCUGCCUCACCGGAGCUGCAGGUGCCAUCGUCCACAGGAACCAUCGUUCCUCCAGGUGGGACUACCGCCGCCUGCUGGAGGAACUCGAAACUGCUUACGGCCCUUCUUCAGAUCAUGCAGCGGCUGUAGCAGUGGAGCUGAGACAAAGAGUGCGUAAAGCUGGUGAGGCGCUUCAUGUGUUCAGGGAUGACAUUUAUGGGAAAGUAGCUGUAGCUUAUGGUGAUUGGUCAGAGAAGGAGCAAGACGCUAUAGCUGUAGAAGUUUUCACAAACGGCCUGGGCGAGGCGGAGCUAGUCCAAAGACUGUUAGAAAAACGUCCAGCUACACUAGCCAAAGCUUAUGAGAUAGCCCACCGUCAUGACACCACCAAGAGAGCUGCUUCCUAUGUCACCAGCAUCAUGCAGCCGGGAGCCCGCAACCUCACUGAACGCAGGCCCCGGGCCGCUGUUGUCAGAGAAAGCGAAAACAAUGAGACUGUAACUACACCUGCAGCUAGCCCAUCACCCGAUCGCUUUGUCCCACACACAUUUGGAAAAACACAGAAGCAGCACCAGAACUUUAGGAAGGGUGACAUCCGCUGCCAUAACUGUAAUGGUUGGGGUCACAAACAGAGCCAGUGCUCGUCCCCUAAAAGAAAUACAAAGACUUUCACUCCGGGCACCGCCAAAGAAAGGCCGCAGACCACUGUGCUCCACCUUAAGGGCCAGAAUCGUGAAAUGAACAUUCACAUGCGCAUAUUUGAGCUGGAGUUGUGUGCAGUCCUGGACAGUGGAGCGCGGAGGAGCGUGCUGCCCCUUCAUCAAUACAACGCCAUUCACCGAGACAUGAGACCUCCGCUUCGCCCAUCCAUUGUAGAGACUCUGCUCGGGGUGGGACCAGGAGACGUGCCAGUUUUUGGUGAGGCCAAAGUACCUGUCAGCAUUAACAACCGUCAAGUUGAAGUGGACUUCCUUGUAGCGGACAUAGAGGGCAAUGAAGUACUGCUUGGCCACCCUUUCCUCACUCAAGCUGAGGCCCGCCUUGAUUUCGGUAAGCACCGCAUAGUUCUGUUUGGAGAAGAAGUGCCCUACUUUCACCCAGAGACUGUUCCAAAGUCACACGCUGUGAGAGUAUCCAGAACUGUAGUGGUUGAACCGGGACAAGAGUACCUAGUCAAGGGCAAGCACAAAGUACUCAUUGCCAGAGCCCUAGUCAACGCACAGCCCGCCAACAUCGUCCCAUUACGUCUCUUCAACCCGGGCAACAAAGCUGUCACCAUUAAAGAAGGUGCCAUUGCAGGCCUCCUCCAACCAGCUGAAGCUCUGUCCUCGUCCAGUGUCCCCACAGCGGCAGACUUUCCAACCAGCUCCCCUGCAGUCCCAGGGCACCUCCAGGAGCUCUAUGCCCAGAGCUCCACUGACUUUAAUGAUAAUGAAAAACUUGAAUUGUCUAACCUGUUGUGUGCCUAUGAAAGUGUCUUUUCCAGGGGACCUGGUGAUCUGGGCCGGACCAGUCUCGUGCAGCACGACGUCAUAACCCGGCCUGGACCUCCAGUAAAGCAGCAUCCUCGUCGUAUGGCUGGGGAGAAGCAGCAAAGCGCAGACCAGCAGAUCUGUGAGGGCCUCCAGAGCGGCAUCGCCAGCUGCAGCCACAGCAGUUGGGCCUCACCGAUCGUAAUGUGGCACGCUGAACACCAAGCCGCCUUUGACACGCUUAAGCACCGCCUCACCACGGCCCCUGUCUUAGGCUAUCCACUGGACCAUGGUGAGAUGAUCCUGGACACCGAUGCCAGCGACACAGGUAUCGGCGCUGUCCUGUCACAAAUGCAGGGUGGCACAGAACGUGUGUUGGCAUACGGCAGCCGCAAACUAGCCAAAGCUGAACAGAACUAUUGCACUACGAGACGAGAGCUGCUGGCCAUUGUCGAUUUCACAUCUAAUUUUCGACAGUAUCUACUUGGGCGGCCUUUCAAGGUUCGCACUGAUCACAGCAGCCUGCGCUGGCUCACACGAAUGAAAGAGCCAGAGGGUCAAUUAGCCCGGUGGCUUGAAAAGCUAGCGGAGUACGAGUUCGAAAUCCUUCAUCGCCCAGGACCCUUCCUUGCAGCUGAGAACCACGAGUCACCAAGCAAUUCAGUGUGA